GACAAGAGCGAAGAUCUUCACGGGACAAGAACUAGUUAUAACCCUACCAUCUCCUCCUUCCCCUGCCCCAGGGUUUAUAUGUCUCAACUUUUCAGACAAGCAUACGGAGGCCCGUAUAGUUUUGAGUCAUCGGCCGUGGGAAGAUACGACACCGACGCAUUGAUCGGGCGACAGUCCUGGACACAACAAUGACAGAAACCCACUACCUUCAUGGACGCUCCGAGCAUGAAGCGGAUGGAUCAUACAUGUCUCCUCGUGGGGCCCAGGCUCUCGCUGUCAGUGUAGUUUUCACCACGCUGGCAACACUCUUUGUUAGCGCUCGCAUCUAUACUCGAAGAUUAUUGAUGAAUCGCAUGGAACCUAAUGACUGGAUGAUCUUGAUCGCCUUGGUAUUGUCAUUUGUCUUCAUGGCCUUGUUCAUCGUAGAGGCUCUGAACGGGAUGGGUAUGCGCCAGGUAGACAUACCGCCCCUUAUUCUCGAAACGCAGAUGAAGGCCUUUUGGCUUACCAUCCCAUUUUACAAUGCCGCCUUGCUCUGCGCCAAGGCCUCAAUCCUCAUGCAAUACUUUCGUGUCUUCCCAACAAGACGUAUGCGCCGUAUAUGCUGGGCCAUGAUUGCUGUGCUCGCCACCUACGGGACCUGGGCUGUUCUGAGUGCUUUUCUCAACUGCGUGCCCGUGACCAAGUUCUGGGAUCCCAAUCUUCCUGGGUUCUGUCUGAGCUCGGAAGGCCUAUGGUUCUCCAAUGCCUCGAUGCACAUCACCACUGACCUGGUGAUCCUCGUCAUCCCAAUCCCAGCCUUGUUGGCUCUGGAACUGCCGAAAAAGCAGAAGAUUGCGUUAAUCUCGAUUUUUGCAAUUGGUGGAUUUGUAUGUGUUACCAGCGUCUGCCGCCUAGUCGCUGUCAAGAAGAUCUCCGACUCCUCCGACCCAACCUACGACAACGUCGGCGCCGCAUCCUGGUCCGCCAUCGAAUGCAACACCGGCAUCAUCUGCGCCUGCCUUCCGACCCUCCGCCCACUCAUCUCCCGUAUCCUGCCCCAUCUUCUCUCCACCCUCAGCGGCGGCCGCCAGGCCUACGGCACGUCGCCCUUGUCCGGCGGACAGGCGCCCACCUACUGGAACGGCACGGGUGCCACGGUGACCACGACCAUCACCACCCACCUCGACGACCUCGAGUACGCCCACUGCGCCGGCGACGCCGACCGCUACCUGACCCUAGUCCCUGGCAACGACGUCAACGGCCAGGGCAAGCUCAUGGUCCGUGAGACCCAUCCCGCCGAGGAUCUGAAGGAGGCGUUCGCCCGCGAAGAGCCACGGGGCGAUAGUUCGUCGUCAUCGACACCGCCCCGAACGCGCAACAUUUUGGGUUUUUAGUGACUGUUGGGAGAGAGAGAGAGAGAGAGAGAGAGUUGUGCCCAUGUGCCAUAUCACGGAGGACGCCGAAGAUACAAAAAAGAAGCAACGGUUGU